AUGGCCCUCCCCACCACCGACCGCCAGAGCAACAGGCAGAGGUCUUCUUCUUUUACACCUGAAUGUGAUGAGCAUUUGAAGCCUAAAGUGGGUAUGACAUUUGAAGGACUCGAGGCCGUGGAGAAGUUCUACAAGGCAUAUGCACAUCAAUCAGGUUUUGGCGUUCGUAUUGGACAGCAGAAAAAGAUUGAGAAUAAGGUGGUCCGGACUAAGCGUUUCAUGUGUAAUAGAGAAGGAUUCAAGUCAAAAGAUAUUAAGGAGAUUAAUGACCCCUUGAGGAAAAGACGUAAGCAGACAGACACGCGAUGCGGUUGUGAUGCCCAUAUAUUUGUUAGACUUUGUGGGGAGAACACCUACAAGAUAGACUCAUGGAUUGAGCAUCAUGUUCAUGGUCUUGUAUCACCUGAUAAGCGUCAUUUGAUCAGAUCCAAUCGUAGAGUUAGUGAGAGGGCAAAGAAUACUUUAUACACAUGUCAUAAGGCAAGCAUUGGAACCUCCCAGGCAUACAGGCUCCUGCAAGUUAGCGAGGGUGGAAUUCCGAAUGCUGGGUGCACAAAGAGGGACUUGCAAAAUUACUAUCGCGGACUCAGGUAUAAAAUCAGAGACGCAGAUGCUCAAAUGUUUGUGGCCCAAUUAGCUAGAAAGCAGGAAGUGAAUUCAGCAUUUUUCUAUGAUUUUGAGGUGAAUGAUGAGGGGAACCUGGUGCGUGUGUUCUGGGCGGAUGCCACAAGUAGGAAGAACUAUAGUCACUUUGGUGAUGUGAUAUCCUUCGAUUCUACAUACACCACUAAUCAGUACAACAUGAUAUUUACACCAUGUACAGGGGUUAAUCAUCACUUACAAAGUGUCCUUUUUGGUGCUGGAUUCUUAUCAAAUGAGAAGGAUGAGUCAUACAUUUGGUUAUUUCAGACCUUCCUAAAAGCAAUGGGAGGGGUAGCACCUAGACUCAUCAUAACUGAUGAAGCUGCUAGCAUCAAGAAUGGUAUUGACAAAGUUCUUCCAGCCACUAUGCAUAGGUUAUGCAUGUGGCAUAUAAUGGAAAAGGUGCCUGAAAAAGUUGGACCUUUGAUUAGAGAAGAUUCUGAAUUUUGGCCGAGGUUGAACUCAUGUGUUUGGGGUUCAGAAACUGCAAGUGAGUUUGAAUCACAAUGGAAUUCCAUCAUUACAGAUUUUGGGUUGGAGGAUAACGAGUGGUUAGCUAAGAGGUUUACCAUUAGAGAUACAUGGAUACCAGCCUACUUUAUGGAUAUAUCUCUUGCGGGCUUGCUCCGAACCACUUCAAGGUCAGAAAGUGCAAAUUCUUUUUUCAACCGUUUCAUUCAUCGUAGGCUUGCUUUUCUUGAGUUCUGGCUUAGGUUCGACACAGCUUUAGAAUGCCAACGUGAGGAAGAAUUAAUGGCAGACAAUAGAAGCAUGCAUACCACCCCACAACUAUUUACGCCAUGGACAAUGGAGAAACAAGGUAGUGAGGUAUUCACAUAUGAGGUAUUCGAGAAAUUUCAGCUACAAGUUAUUGCUGCUAGAGAUCAUUGUUGUGUUCAGGGUAUUGCACAAGGUGUGGGGUUAAAAAUGGUGACCCUGAGAGGUCGAUCUGAUAAGGUUAGGGAGGUCUCCUAUGACACUACAACCAUGAUAGCAAAUUGUCCGUGCAAGUUAUUUGAGUCAAUCGGUAUUCCAUGUCGACAUAUUAUCCAAGUGUUGAGGAUUGAGAACCAAAACGAGCUUCCCAACUACUACAUUAUGAAAAGAUGGCAGAAACGGUGCAAGAGGGAGAAUGUUUAUGAUGAACAGGGGAACCUACUAGAAGAAAAGCCCACAGAUUCACUAGAUGCAGCCACGAGAAAGAAGAUUUCGACUGUACGUGAUAAGAUGGAAGAGCUGAUUCAAAAGGCAAAGCACUCAAAUGAAGGCAUGGACUUCUUAACAUCAAGUGUGUUGAGCAUUGAGGCGCCUUUAGACCAAAUGGUCCCUGCAGCCACACAGAACACUAGGCAAGAGGAAUAUGAGGCUUUUAUUGGUUGUAAUAUUCCUACAGAAGUUCAUAUACAUCCACCAACUGAUGUUCGUACCGUGGGGAGAUGCAAAAGAAUAAAGAGUGGAAAGGAGAUCAAGGAGGGUGAUAGGAAAAGGAAGGACAAAGAAGCGAAGUUAAAGGUUGCACGCUUGUGCAAGACAUGCAAGCAAAUGGUGUUUCAUGAUAGUCGCAAUUGUCCAAGCAAAACUAUUCAAGGGAAAAGGAGCUUGAUUGCGGAAGAUGUGCAACCAAAUGGUGCUUCCUGA